AUGCCAUCCUUACGAAAUAUCCUCCAGAAACGGGACGAAUUAAGCUCAGAGAAACAAUCCGGACAACCGCAACAAACGUCAAUCUCUCCGCCCACCCCCGAAAUCACCUUCAUGCGCACGACCACCAAUACCCAAGAAAUAAUCACACCACCAACACACACCGACGAAUUCCCUCCUCUCUCCCCAAUAUCCCCGGAAAGUCGCCCAACCCUCUCAACCCCACGCCGAAGCUUCUCAUUCCUCCACCGUUCCCCCCGCUCCGAAUCCGCCUCAAGCCCAUCUCCAACCCGCACCCGUGAGCGCCGCCUCUCGAGCCUGCUACACCUUGAUGGGCGGCACCGGAGUGAUUCACGUAAUUCGUCUGCAAAUAUUCCGGCAGAUUUGCCGCAGAUGGUAGACGAGCAGGGCGACAAGGAGGCGAGGGAGGAGGCGUGGGAGAGGAGGGCAACGGUGCUUGUCCAGCAGAAUCCGCAGUUCGGGCAGCUUUCGCCGAGAGCAUCGGAGGGGGAUCUGGGGAGUGAGAAGGCGAGGUCGAGGAGUUCGAGUCAGGGGAAUGUGGGUGUGCAGGAUGAUAUUAAUAUCCAGGAGGCUAUUCGGUUGCAUGAGGCUGGAGAUCUGGAGCGAUCAACGCAAAUGUUCGGCCAGCUGGCUGAUCCCAAUGACACGAAUAACCCUCUCAGUCAGGUUUUGUACGGACUGGCUCUUCGACACGGCUGGGGCUGUGCCAAAGAUGAAACCCAAGCUGUUUCCUACUUAUCAGCCGCAGCGUCAAACUCAGCUGCCGUGGAGUCUGAGGCACUCCGCGCUGGCAUGAAGAAAGGCGGCGUCGCUAAGGGCGAACUCGUGCUCGCCAUGUUCGAGCUGGCGAAUUGUUUCCGUAAUGGCUGGGGCGUGACGAAAGACCCUUUUGCCGCUCGGCAAUAUUACGAGACGGCGGCUAAUCUGGGUGACACGGAUGCCAUGGACCAGGUUGCUUGGUGUUAUCUUGAGGGCUUUGGUGGGAAGAAGGACAAGUUCAAGGCAGCCAAGUAUCUGAGACUUGCCGAGGAGAGUAGCGGUCCGACGGUUGGGAAUUCAUGGAUCUGGAAGGAAAAGUAUAAUCCAAAAUAA